AUGUCUCAUCACGGUUUCGAAAUGACAGUGCGGAAGGCGACUGGGCAAGACGAGGUGACCGUUGAGGGGCUGACGUGGUUCCCGAACGCCAGCGCGGACGACGAUUGGCUGGAGGAGGCUGCGACGGCCUCGCACGCCUUGCCGCAGCCUCAGGCCUUGAGCAGCAGCGCUGUAUCUGGACACGUGCGAGAGGAGGUCGUCAAGAUCGAGGAGAUCUCUACAGAGAUCGUGACCGUCCAGGAGAUAUCCACCGAAAUCGGACGGCCAGCUAGGUCCCGCAGAUCAGGGGCAAGAGCAGCGCGAGAAGCAGGCCCAGGCGAAGCGGAGAAGGAGAAGAAGAAAGGGAAGAAGGGGAAGAAGGGAGCUAGGUCGAAGAGAGAAGCACAGCCGCCGGAUGAGGCGACUAGCGCGGACCCUAGGCUGCCUGAACGGGUGGGGCCUUCAGCGAGAGGUGUUGUGGUGCCGCAAACAGCAGCAGAUACACAGACGCCCAGUUCUAGCCCUGCUCCUGCUGCUGGUGGUGCCGGUGCUGCUGGUGGUGCCGGUGGUGCUGGUGGUGCCAGUGCUGCUGGUGGUGCUGGUAGGACUGGGCUUAUAGCUGGUUUGGCAGCAGGGGCAGCAGCAGCAGGCGGAGCUGUAGCAGCCGGGGUGGCAGGUUUGGCUGAAAGGCGAGAAGCCAAGCCAGCAGAAGAAGCAACCAGAGGGGAUGCGAUGGAGGGGGUGGAAGGUUCGGAAGGGGUGCGAGGUUCGGAAGGGAUGGGGGGUUCGGAAGGGAUGAGGGAAGACUCGAGAACGUCAGUUGCAGCCGUGCUGGCGUCAGGGGACACUGCAAGAGACCUUAGUAGUGUUGGCGACUCAGAAUCUGCCGUACAAAGUCUGCCUGAACCAACAGCACAAGCAGCAGGAACAGCAGGAGCAGCAGAAGCAGCAGAAGCAACAGAGGCAGCAGAAGCAGCAGACACAGGUGAUAGAGGUGAAGCGGCAGAAGCAGGUUCAGCAGGGGAAGCAGGCCCGAGCGGAGCAGCAGUUUCUGCUGGAGCCGGAGCUGGUGCUGGGGCAGCAGUGGCAGGCGCCGUAGUAGGAGGAGCUCUAGGCGCUGCUCUAGGCUCCCGAGAAGUUUCUAGAGACGAUCCCAGAGAGCAAUCUGGUGGAGGGUCGAAACGAGCCACCCCUGGGACUCCGCUAGGUGGGAGCUCGCCGGUGUCUGCAGGUGAAGGGGGGAGCAGGCGGGAGGCGAAGGCGAAGCGGAACAGGGUGGGGGAGGGCGCGUUUGGAUCAGGGGAGCAACACGAAGGAGGGUUCGGUGCGGAGGUUUCUGGGGGGAGUGGGAGGCAGGGGAGCCAGGGGCGCGGAAGCAUGGGGAGAAGCAGUGGCAGUAGCGGGAGUGGCAGAGAUAGGGAUACGCUCCUGCAGCAGCAGCAGGUGCAGCAGCAGCAGCAGCAGCAGCGGCAGCAGCAGCAGUCAUGGUCGAAGCAGCCCCUACCAGGUCAUGGUCCCGGCGGCACUACUGGUAUGCCUCCCAUGCGCAGCAACAGCGAGCUUCCCCCCCUUCCCUACCGCAGCACCAGCGGUCUUCCCCCUCAGCCCCUCCGCAGCAGCAGUGGCCUUGCUGCCCUCUCCGCGCCCGCCAGUAGCAAUCUCCUGCAGCGCGCCGCCACGGGCAGCGGUGACCGUUGGAUCUUCCACUCUGGCGCGGAUCGGGACCAGCUGGUGGAGUCAGAUUCGAGUGAUGACUCGGAGACAAUGAGUGGGCGGCUGGAGGGCGGGUUGGGGGACUCGUGGGGGAGAGGGCGAGGCGGGGAGGAAGCAGGGUCGUUCAAAGCGGGGAGUUUGGCGAGUCAGGGAUCGAGAGGCGGAGGCAUGAGUCCUGUGUCUGAGAUAGGGGAGCAGCAUGGGGCGGGUAACGUAGCAGGGAGAACGAGGGGCGGGAUGUGGCACGGGGCACCUCGGCCCAGCAGCGCGGGCAAGUCCGGGAGAUCCCGGUUAGGGAAAAGAUCGCCUAGAGGGUCGUCUCUAGGGGCAGGGAUGCUGGAGCGAGUAGCAGGCGGGACGGCGGACAGCAGAGGGAGUUUUGGCACAGGGGCGGAGAUCAACAGAGCGAGUAAGAGCAUGAGGGGGUUGCCAGUAGAGGGGUUGGCCAGCGCUGGGGCUAGUGGGGCGUGGAGCUCGUCGGAUGGCGAGGGGAGUGUGCAGACGAGAGGGGCAGCAGCAGGAGCGGCCCAGCCUGUGGUUGUGGGAUUUGUGGGGCCUGCCAGACCUGGUACGCCUGUUUCGCUGUCCAGGGUUGGGUCUGGGGCUCCUGUGCUGCGCCCUGCGACUUCGGGGGGUUUGUUGCUGGAGGAUGUGGGGAAGUAUGAUGACUGGGUGGUGUAUGAGAGUGAGGGGGAGGAGGAGGAGGUGCAGAGUAGGCUUGUGAGGGGGAGAGGGAGAGGGGUGGUGGAGAAGAGGGUGGUGCAGGAGGGGGGGGUGGCGGGGGUUGUGGAUAAGAGGGAGGUGAGGAACGGAGGGCAGGUGCAGGGUGUAGGAGCAGGAGCAGCAGCAGCGGCAGGGGUAGCAGCAGGGGCAGGGGCAGCGGGAAUGAUGGUUGGGAAUGUGGGGCGGAGGAAAGGGGCAGAGAGGGACGUGUGGAGAGCAGGACAGGAGGACUUUGAUGACUCGGACUCGGAAAUCAAGCACGAGGCAGGAUGGGGGCCCGCCUCACAGCAGCAGCAGCAGCAGCAGCAGAACGGAUUCAUGUUUAGCAGUCAAGGGGGAGCGCCUGGGGGCGGGUUUCACCCAGGGGAGGUUCAUCCGUGGGGGGUUCAGCCCCAGCCUGGCGCAAGGCAUGCGCCCCAGCCACCCACCAGCCCCCGACCAUCAUCCCCCCGACCUCUCCCUUUUGCGUCUAGGUCCCGGUCUUCUGCCCCCGCUCCUCCUCACCCCCAGCAGCAGCUCCCCCCUCGGCCUGUCGGCCCUCCUAACGCCUCCUCCUCCCAACAAGGCCCUUCUCAGUCCCACCCAUUCUCCUCUGGAACAGCAGGUAAGCCGCGCAUACCCCCCAUUCCCCCGGCUUAUGGUCACUCCCCUGCCUAUGCCGCGCCUGCUGCUGCGUCUGCUGCUGUGCCGGGUUCCUCUCCUCACCCGUUCGCCCCUGGUGGUUAUGCUGGGGGGGCGGGAGCUUCUGGUGUGGCAGCAGCAGGGGCUGUGCCUGGGGGCCAGCAGGCGGGGGGCCAGCAGCAGUCGUGGGGGGGAUCUGUGGCAGGGUUCUUUGCAGGGGCAAGCGCGUUUGUGUUUGGGGCGAAGCAUGACGGGCACACAGGGAGAGAGGCGCAGGGGAAGGAGGUGCAGCAGGGGAAGGACUUGAACCAGGCAGGUGAUGCUGGGAUGGGGUUAAGGGACGGGGAGCAAGGGGUUUCUGUGGCAGCAGGUACAGGAGCGAGUGGGGGUAGUGGUAGUGGUAGUGGCGCUGGUAGUGCUAUGCGCCCUCCUCGCCCUCCUUCCCUUGCUAUCCCUGGAGCAACGGGUACAGCCACUAGCCCUGGUGCUGGCCGCUAUUCCACCCAUACACAUGCAGGAGCAAACGGAGAGGUUGCAGAGCCGCCAGCAGCAGCAGCAGCAGCAGUAGCAGCAGCUAGUGCUGCUGGUGCUGCUGCUGCCGCUCCUGGUGUAUUUGCGGUAGAGGACGGGCAUGAGGCUCUUAUGUCUCCCAUUGCCUUCGUUACAGUGUCGCCUGCUAAGAGCACAGGGAGAGGCACAGACGGAGCUGCAUUGCCAGGGGCAGCUGCAGCAGCAGCGGCGGUGCCUGGGAGAGCGGUGGGAGGAGCAGCAGAGAUGGGGGUGAUGCAGCAGCCUGCGCAGGGGUACCGGCCUGGGCCGGGGCUUGGUGGGUGGAGUAAAGGGUCUGGUGCUAGGGCUGGUGGGGUUGGUAUAGGGUGGGGGGAGGGCAGUGAGGAGGAGGAGAGUGAAGAGGUGGAGAGUGAGGAAGCGACGGAGGAGGGUGAAGAGAAUGAGGAGGAGGAAGAGGAUGAAGAGGAGGAAGAGGAGGAGAUGGAGUAUAGUAGUGAUGAGGAGAGUGAGGAGGAAAGUGAGGAAGAGAUCGAGGAAGAGAGUGAGGAGGAAAUUGAGGAGGAGAGCGAGGAGGCAACUGAAGAUGCAAGUGAGGAGGACGAGGAGGAAGAGGAGGAGGAGGAGGAAGAGGAGGAGGAGGAGGAGGAAGAGGAGGAGGAGGAGGAGGAGGAGAGCGAGGAGGAGAGUGUAGGUGCGUGGGUGGGCAGACCGAUACUGGCACCGUCACAAGCGGGCACUCCCACGGGCUAUAGCGGCAUGAAAACCCCCGAUGCAAUCGGAGGCAUCGUGUUUAUCAACGAGUAUGGCGCUGCCCCCCCCUCCCCUUUUCUGGAGGCAAAUUCUAUGGGUACUGGAGGGGGUACGAGCGGGGCCAGCACGCCGUUGAGUGGGGGAGCUGGCAUGGGAAUGGGUGGGGCGAGUGGGGCAAUGGGGGGGAGCAAGUCGCCUAAUGGCAGGCCAGGGGAGGAUGAUGAGCGUGUGUUUGUGGUUUUUAACAAGUCGAGAUUCUCACCCACUGCUGCUGGCGCUGCUGCUGCUGCUGCUGGCGCUGGUGGUGCUGCUGGUGGUGCUGGUGGUGGUGGCUUGUUGGCUGAUACUCAAGGAUCAGGGACCCUUGUGGUGAGGAUUGAGAGAGGUGCGGAGGAGGAGGGAAGUGAGGAGGACGAGGGGGAGGUUGGCAGUGAGGGGUGGGAUGGAGGGGAGAGUGGGGAGGAGGAUGGGAGUGAGGGUCGGAGUGGGAUGGAAGGAGAGAGUGAGGAGGCUGAGAGUGAGGAGGGAAGUGGGUUUGAUGGAAGUGCUGAGGGAGAGAGUGAGGGGGAGAGUGAAGGGAGUGAAGGGGAGGAGAGUGGGACAGAAGGGAGUGAGAUGAGGGUAGGUAGGGAGGAGGGAGAAGAUGGGGAAUUGAGUGCGGUGGAGAGUGGUGCUUCUGGAGGGAGUGAGGGGAGCGAGGAGGAGAGUGAGGAGGGGAGUGAGGAGGGGAGUGAGGAGGGGAGUGAGGAGGAGAGUGAGGAGGGCAGUGAGUCAAGCCUUAGCCCUGUGGGGAGUUCAGACGAGGGAGAGACUGAGUACGUGGGGAGUGGGGAGAGUGAGACAGAAGAGAGUGAGGAGGAGAGUGGGAGUGAGGAAGAGAGUGGGAGUGAGGAGGAGAGUGGGAGUGAGGUGGAGAGUGAGAGUGAGGGGACGGAAAGUGGUUCGAGUGAAAGCGAGGGGAGUGAGGAGACAGGGUCGAGUGAUGAUGAGGAUGGCACAACUUUGGAUGGCACAUGGGACGGCACAUUGGAUGGCACAAUGGAUGGCACUGUGGGCGGCACAAUAGACGACAGAACGCUGGAUGGGACAGAGGUUGUGACUCCAGGAGGGAGUGACACUAUGGAGCGGACUUUCACCCUGGAAGAGACCGAGACAGCUGUUAGUGAGACGCUGGGAAGGACGUUGACUAGGGAGGGGAGUGGGACUAUCGAGGGGAGUGAGCUUAUAGAGGGGACGGAUGUAAUGGGGCGAAGUAUCACGUUUGAGACAGUGGGGAGGACUGAGACGUUUGAAGGCAGUGGGACUAUAGAGAGGAGUGGUACUAUGGAGGGGAGUGGCACUAUUGGGAGGAGUGACACUAUGGAGGGGACUGAGGCUAUGGGGAGAACCAACACGUUUGAAACCCUCGGGGAGACUAGAACUUAUGAAGGCAGUGAUACAAUGGAGGGGAGUGAGACUAUGGAGGGGAGUGAGACUAUGGAGGGGAGUGAGACUGCUGGGACGGCAGAUAGAACCCUGACUUUGGAGGGAACUGAUGUUCCGAGUGAUAGUGAAAGGGGCGGGAGGAGGAGGGCAGACAGUGAUAGGGACAGCAGUGAGAGGGAUGGUAGCUCGUAUCAGGAAGAUAGCUUAUCAGAGGGCAGUGAGGAGAGUGAAGAGAGUGAGGGGAGUGAGGGGUCAGAGAGUGUGGAAGAUGGUGAUACUAUGGGGGAUAGUGAUAGUAUGGAGGGGAGUGAGACGGUGAGCAGGAGUGCAGCGAGCAGGAGCAGAGGAGGGUACAGUGACGAUGUUGUGCUUAUAGAGGUGGUGACUGUAACGGGUUCUAGAACCAGUGGGACCCGGGAGGACUUGUUGAGUGUGCGGGGGAUGAGUGAGAUUGGGAGUGAUAUGGGGAGGAGUGAGAUGAGUAGGAGGAGGAAGAGAGUGGGGAGUGAGAGUAGGGGGAGUGAUACAGAUGGGACAGAGACAGAGGGGAGUGAGACAGGCACGAGUGGGAGCGAGGAGAGUGAGAGUGAGGGGAGUGGGGAUGAGGAGAGUGGGAGUGAGGAGAGUGGGAGUGGGGGGAGCAGCAGGAGUGGAAGCAAUGAGAGUGAGGGGAGUGAGAGUGAGGGUGAUGAGAGUGCGAGUCACAGCUCAGCAGUAUCUGGAACAUAUGACUCCCACUCCCACUCCCACACCCGUUCACAGAGCAGUGAAGAGUCUGAGUCUGAAAGCGGGUCAGAGAGAGAAAGUGUUCACUCUGGUUCCCACACAAUAAGCCCUCAUACCACACUAACUCGAGAGUCUGCUUCAGAAAUUUCUGCCUCCGAGGUUUCAGGGUCGGAAUCUGGUGGGGGAAGGUCAGAUAGUGAUGGGCGCCAGUCAGAGGACGAUUCGGGGGAAUCGGGGUCUGAGAAGGUGUCCAGGUCGGAUUCUCAUGCUUCCAGGUCAGCAUCACAUGCUUCCAGGUCAGCAUCACAUGCUUCCAGGUCAGCAUCGCACCGUUCCAGGUCAGCGUCAGAUGCUUCAGGAGGAGCGGGAGCGAGCAAAAGUGGGACUGCUGCAAGCCGCAGCCCCUCUGAAGCAAGCUGCAGCCCCUCUGCUGCAAGCCAGUCCCCUGGCACAGAAUCGUCUCCUAAUGAGUCACUCAGUAAGGGGUCGCUGGGAAGCGAGUCCCAGUUGGGAAGCAAGAGUGGGUCUGAUGGGAGUGGGUCUCACUCUAGCAAGUCUCUUGCUAGUUCAUCCCACUCUAGCGGGACUCGUGUGAGCAGCUCUCAUGCGAGUAGGUCUCAAGCUAGUAGUGGGUCGCACACUAGCGGGUCGCAAGGUAGCAAGUCUGUGAGGAGCAAGUCAGAGGGAAGCGAAUCGGAGAAGAGCGAUUCGGAAUACGAGGGUACGGGUAAGGGGUCUGAGGAGGAGGGUGAGGGAUUCAGCAAGAAGAGCAGUGAGAGGUACAGCGAUAGUGGCAGUGGGAGUGAAGGGAGCAAGGAGAGCGAGAGUGUGAGGAGUGCGAAUAACGCUGCCGUUGGUGCUGCUAGUCCCAGCCAUCAGCUUGGGACGCCAACAGGUGGCGCUGCGUCAUUGGCGGAUGCGAUGCGGUCGCCUGGAUGGAAGAGGCCUCUCACUGUGAAGGUGGGGGGGAGUUCCCAAGAGCCUAGUUCAGAGGAAGAGGAGGAGGAAGAGGAGGAGGUGGAGGAGGAGGAUGAUGAUGAGGAGGAAGGCAGUGAGGAUGUUACUGCAACUGAGGAGGAGGAGGAGGGAAGCUCAAUUGAGGAUGAGGAUGAAGAGGAGGAGGAGGAGCAGGAGGAGAGUGUGUUUACAGACGAUAGGAGCUCAGAGGGAGAGCGGAGUUUGGAAAGUGACAGGAGGUCAGAGAGCGAGAGGAGAUCAGAAGGGGAAGAAGAGGAAGAGGAGGAGCAGGAGGAGAGUGUGUUCACAGACGACAGGAGCUCAGCAGCAGGGCAGAGCUCAAAAGGUGACAGGCGUUCAGAAGGGGAUAGGUCAGAGGGUGUCGGGUCAGAGGAGGAUGGGAUGUCAGAGGGAGAGGAUGAUCUGGAGGAGGAAGGAGGGGAGAGUGUUGGGAGCGAGGAGGAGGAGAGGGUGGCGAAGAUGCUUCGAGCAGAGAGCAAGAGGCGGUUUGAUGCGGUGCUCGGGCAGCUGAAGGGGCAGUUGAAAGUUCUGUUGAAGCAGGAUUCCCAUGGGAGUGGGCUGUCUGAAGGCAGUGAGGGGAGUGGGGAGGGGAGUGAGGAGGGGAGUGAGGAGGGGAGUGGGGAGGGGAGUGAGGAGGGGAGUGAGGAGGGGAGUGGGGAGGGGAGUGGGGAGGGGAGUGAGGAGGCGAGUGAGGGAUUUGGGGGGUCUGAUAGGAGUGGAGUGAGUGUGGGAGAUGGGAGGAGAGAGGGGGAGGAGAGUGGGGAGGGUGAGGAGGAGUAUGAGUCGGCUAGUGAGAGAGGGGAAGAGUCGCAAGAGGAGGAUGAGUAUGGUUCCAGAAGUGCGAGUGAGAGAGAGAGUGAGAGGGAGAGUGCGAGGGGGAGUGAGAGUGAGAGGGAGAGUGAGAGCGAAGGAGGAAGGCAAGAGGAGGAUGAGGAGUGGGUGGAAGAAGAAGCAAGGGAUUCGGUUGGGAGUGGUUCGGAGGAAGCCUGGGUGCAAGGCAGCGAGGAGGAGCAGCAUGAGUCAGAAGAAGGGGAGGGGGAGGGGGAGGGGGAGGGGGAGGGGGAGGGGGAGGGGGAGGGGGAGGGGGAGGGGGAGGGGGAGGGGGAGGGGGAAAGAGAAGAGGAGCAGGAGUACGCGCCUGGGUCUGCCGCCACCACGCCACAGAGCACGGGAGGGUCGUCUGGAGGGUCUACCCCCCACAGUGCCGUUGGUCUUGCCACUGGUGCCACUGGUGCCACUAGUGCGUCUGGUAUGGCUGGCCCUCGCCCUGCAGGUCCCAGCAAGAAACCCCAACCACUGCGAGCAAGCGAGUACCACACGACAGAGCUGCCGACCAAUCAGGAGCGUCCAGCUGGACGUGCAGUCAGCCAAAGCGUGCCAGAGGGAGGAGGAGAAGCAGGUCUGGCAGUGGGAACUGCAAUAGCACCGGCAGCUGCACCAGCAACGGCACCGGCAGCAGCAGCAGCAGCAGCAGCAGCACCAGCUGCACCCCCUGCUGCCAUCUCGGCUGCAACUCUGGCUGCAUCUCCAGCUGUGUCCCCAGCAGUGUCUCCCAAGCCCAGUACCAGCUCCUCUCCCUCCCGUGGCGUCUCUGCUUGGACCUCCCUCUUCCGCCCCCUCUGGGGCACCUCGCCUGCUACUGCUGCCACUGCCGCUCCCGCUGAUGGCGCUGAUGGUGCUGCUGGUGCUUCUGCCAAGUUCUCUCCCCUUCCCUUGUCUCACCCCCCUGAACCCAUCCCCUCUAUUCUCCACCCAAUGGACCCACGUGCAAAUCCAGUUUCCGUGCCUCCUCACACCACAGCCUCUCCUACCGCCCAUGCUACAGCCGCUCCUACCGCCCAUGCUACAGCCUCGCAUCGCCCCCACUCUGCUGCUUCUCCCGUCCCCCCAGUCCUCCACCCACUGGACCCACGAGCGCAGCAGCAGCUGUCUGUAGCACAGGUGCCUGAAAGGACUCAAGGGCUUCAAGUGACUGAAGGGGACGAAAGGACUGAAGGGGCCCGGGAUGGGGUUUUCCCCGUAGGCGCUCUGGUGCAUGGAUUGUUGGCCGACUCUGAUACCAUGUCGACUGGAUCCAGACAUGAUGGCUAUGCUCAUGCUGACGCCCCCACCCAUGCUGGCACUGGUGCUGACGCUGAUGCUGGUGCUGGUGCUGAUGGUGAUGUGAGUGGGAAAGGCAAGUACGGUGGUGAAGUGUUGGUUCCUCCGGCCUUAGUACCUGGUGAUGCAGGCAGCUCUCAAAAUUCCAGCCGGCCUGAGUCAAGAGAGUCAACUGAGUCAACCAGGGCGAAUAAUGAGUCACCUGAGAAAGGUGUGUCAGCAGCAGUUGGAGGAGCAGAAAGAGGAGGGGUGGACAGAGCGGUGGAGAGAGGUGUGGAGAGAGGGGAAGGAGUGGUAGCGACAGAGGCGUGGGUGCUUGCAAGCAUGAGACAAAGAAAGAGGCUACAAGGAGGCUCCGAACAAGGCUCAGAUGGAGGCUCGGAAGAAGGUUUGGAGGGAGGCUUGGAAGGUGGUCAGGAAGAAGGUCCGGAACAGCUGCCUGGGAGGGGUGGUGAGUGUGGGGUAGUGGGGAGGGAGGAGAGUGUUUUGGCGGAUAGUGGUUACAAGGGGAGUGCACUUGAGGGAGAGAGAGAGGGUAGUGAAGGGGAUGCAAGGGCGAGUGAGGCGGAGAGUGUGAGUGGUAGUGGAGAAGAGAGCAGGAGCAGUGUGGGGGGGAGUGAUUAUGGGAGUGAGGCUGAGAGUGAUGUUGAGAGUGAGGGGGAAAGUGUUGAUGGAAGUGGUCUGAGCGCGGAAGGAAGUGAGGGAAGCAGUGAGGAGACAGGGAGCAGUGAGGGAGAGAGUGAGGGAGGGAGUGGGGAGAGUGAGGAGGAGAGUGGGGAGGAGAGCGGGGAGGAGAGUGAGGGUAGUGUGACGGAGACAGAUGCUGUGACCCGAACCAGCUACUCAGGGAGUGAGGGAGAGGAGUCAGAGAAAGAGGAUGGGUCGAGCGAAGGGGAGAGUGAGAGUGGGGAGAGUGAGAGUGGGGAGAGUGAGAGUGGGGACAGUGAGAGUGGGGAGAGUGCGAGUGGAGAGAGUGAGAGUGGAGAGAGUGAGAGUGGAGUGAGUGAGAGUGAGGAACAAAGUACAGUAGGAACGAUGAGUGUGGCACGGGAGGGAGGCGCGGGGAGUUCAAGAUAUGCUGAGACAGAAACCGAGGCAGAAACAGAGACAGAAGCAGAUGGGAGGAGUGAAAGGGUGGGGUUGGAGGUGGAUGGAGAGAGUGUGGUGACAGAGGAAGGGGUGCUAAUAGAGGUGGCGAGUGUGGCGAGUGUGGCGAGUGUGGUGGGGAGGGGGAGUGUGGUGGGGAGGAGUGAGGGAGUGAGGGUGGACAGUCUGCUGAUAGAGGUGGAGAGUGUGGCUGGGGGGGAGAGUGUGGCGGGUGGAGGGAGUGUGUUUGGAGGGGAGAGUGUGGUGGGAGGAGGGAGUAUACUGGGAGAAGAAGAUGUGAUUCUUGAAGGGGGAGAAGAGGAGGCAGAGGGAGCAAGCAGUAGGGAAGGAAGCGAGCCGGACAGGAGCGUGGGAAGUGAGGGAGUGGAAGAACAUGGGAGCGAGGAGAGUGAGGAAGUGGAAGAAAAUGAGAGUGAGGGGAGUGUGUGGAGCGAACAUAUCAGCGACGGGGAGGGGCUGGGUGGUGAAAGAGGGAGUAUCGUCGGGAGUGGAAGUGAGAGAGAGGAGGCUGCGAGUGAGGGAAUGCCUGCUGACGUGGUGAAACCUGCUGACGUGGCACAGUCUGCUGACGUGACCAAGGCUGCUGCUGCAGCAAAGGCUGCUGACGUGUCGCUGGCAGCACUGAUGGCAAGGACACCCGACGCGAGGCCGGUGACUCCGGUGCGGCACAGGACGUGGCUGGAGGUGCUGCAGAGCCAUGCGGUGCUGUCAGAACUGAUGACGGAGGAGGACAUGGGUGCGCUGCAGUUCCUGUGCUCCGUGGACUUCUACAAGUCGCAACACAGCAUGGAUUUCCGCGUGGACUUUCUCUUUGACGCCAAUCCGUUCUUCACCAAUGAAUACCCUUUCCUCGGACAUUCCCUCAACCUCGGCAUCUCCUAUCUUUGCUUGCCCCACUCCCAUGCCUUCUGCCUCUCCUCUCAACCUGCCAGCACCCCCAUAGCAUGGCAACCAGGCAGGGACUUAACUAAGCGUCGCACGGGGUGGUUCGGCUGGGCUGCUGCCACUCUCACGCAGGGAGGGAAGGGAGGCGGUGCUGGUGCGGGUGGUGGCAGGAGCAGCUUCUUUACACUGUUUGCCUCUCGACCUGCGCUCUCUGCUUCUGAAGCCAACGAGGAAGCUGUGGUGAGUGGCGCAGGCAGACUGGCAGUGCUGGUAUGCUGGAAGAAGCCGCUCUCACCAAUAAUCUCCUUCUUGCUGAAAUCCCUCCUACUCUCCCCGCCCUUUCCCCACCCUCCCCUGCCUCUCCCUCCUCCUUCACACCCAUCAGCGCAUGAAGAUGCUGGAAGAAGCCGCUCUCACCAAUGCUUGCUCCGCUGGUACACUGUAAAGUCGCUGGGGGGUGGAGAGGAGGAAGAGGUGGAAGAGGAGGAAAAAGAAGAGGAGGAGGAGGUGGAGGAGGAGGAGACGAAGAAAGCUGGGGGAGCUGAAGCUGUAAUGACUUUGGAGACGUCUCAAAAAGCGAGUCCUGCAGGGAAGCAGGUAGAUGGCCGUCCUAGUAUCGAGGAGGAGGGAGAGAGAGUGGAAGACGGAGAGAGUGUGGCUAUGCGGCAGGAUGCGGGAGAGAGUAGGGAGGAGUUGAGAAUAGGGCGAAUGGUGGGGGGAGAGAGUAGGGAGGAGUUGAUUCAACGGGAGGUGGAAAAGAAGCAAGGAGGAGAAGAGGAGGAGGAGGAGACAGAAGUGAGUCAAAGAGAGGAGGAAGAAGAGGGGGAAGAGGAGGAGAGUGGAAUGAUUGUAAAGGACCAAGGCACGUUUGAAAGGGAUGGGGAGAUGGAGAGGGUAGGAAGGAGCAGAGAGGAAGAAGGGGCGAACAUAAGGGAGGUGGAGACGACGACAGGGAAAGCAGCAGACGUAGCAGGGACGGAGAUCGAAGGUGUAGGGGCGGAGAUUGAGGGUGUGGGGGCGGAGAUUGAGGGUGUGGGGGCGGAGAUUGAGGGUGUGGGGGCGGAGAUUGAGGGUGUAGGAUUGGGUUUGAAGGGAGAGCGUGCAAUGGUAGUGGCAGCAACAAGUGAUGCAGAAGGGGGGAGUGAGACGGGUGUGACCGAGAGGGAGGAGAGUGAGAGGGAGGAGAGUGAGAGGGAGGAGAGUGAGAGGGGGGAGAGCGACAGUGGCAUGAGUGGCGAGGUUGAGCAGGACAGCUGGCUGGGUGAGGGGACGGCAAUCGGGACAAUGCAGGUCCAGAAGUUGAAGGAUGGAGGGGAAAGAACGGUAGAGGAUGAAUACGAGGAGGAGGGGAGCAGUAAGGAGGAGGAGGGGAGCGAUGAGGAGGAGGAAAGUGAUAUUUAUGUGAGAGGGGACGAUCUGAGGGGUGAUGACCUGAGGGACGAUGACCUGAGGGACGAUGACCUGAGGGGUUCCAGUGGCAGUCUAGGGGAUGCCAUGCCUGGUAUGGCAGGGGGAGGAGGUGGGGAGGAAGGGGAAGAGGAAGGUGCAGCAACAGGGGCAGAGGCAGGGGCAGGGGCAGGGGCAGGGGCAGGGGCAGGGGAAGUGGGGGGUGGAGUCGAGGGCGGGACGGAAGAGGAGGAUUCGUGGAUCGGGGUCCGCGUGGGUGGGAGGAGCGAGAGUAGAGAGGGCCGUGACAGGGGUGCGUUGCGAUACGAGGGGGUAGGGAGUGAGGGAGGGAGCGAGGGAGGGAGUGAGGGGGAGAGUGAGGGAGGGAGUGAGAGGGGAAGCGAUAGAGGGAGCGAGGGGGGGAGCGAUGGGGGAGGGAGUGGGCAGGGGAGCUCCGUGGAGGGCGAGCUAGCAGAGCUGAUGCAUGCAGUGGAUGGGCACUCGCUGCCCUUCUGGCAUGCUGUGGCUGCCACAGGCGGAGAUGGGCUGGUGGGACUAGAGGGACGGGAGGAACUGGAGGGUCUGGAGGGACUGGAGGAACUAGAGGGAGUAGAGGGAGUAGAGGGGCUAGAGGCCCUGAAGGGGGCCGAUGCUGGUGUUGCUUCUGCCGCAGCUGUUCCUGUUCGCUCCCGUACAGGGACUCCAAUGCCUGGCAUCCGUGCUGCUGCUUCGGGCCCUGCUGCCGCUGCCACUGCGGCUCCUUCUGCUGCAACUUUCACGUACUCGCGAACAGGAACACCCAUGCCAGGAGUCCGUCCUUCUGGCUUACCUCCUCCUCCUCCUCCGCCCGUUCCCAGUGCUGCUGCUGCACGUGCUUCUCUGCCUGCUGCUUCCGCUGCUGCUCCCACUUUGGCAUCCCGUGCCACAACCCCCAUGCCAGGAGUGCAUGCUGCUGCAGCUUUACCCCCUACCUUCCCUCCUCCUUCUGCUGCCCCUGCAGCGUUCUCUCGUUCUACUACCCCCAUGCCUGGUGUGCAUGCCGCUCUUGCCCCUGCACCUCAUCCUUCCAGGGCAGUAACACCCAUGCCCGGUGUCCACGCCCCUCUUGCUCCUCCUGCUGCUGCUGCUGUUGCUGCUGCCCCUGCAACGUUCUCUCGUGCCACUACACCCAUGCCUGGCGUCCACUCUGCCAUUCCAGGCACCUCCACUGCUUCUCCCUCUGCCUCUGCUGCUGCUCCUUCCUUCUCCCGCACUCUCACGCCCAUGCCUGGCCUCCCCCCUCCUCCUGCCCCUCCUCCUCCUCCUGCUUUCUCCAGAGCAGUAACGCCCAUGCCUGGGCUUGCACCUGCUUCUAGUGCUGCUAGUGCCCCUAAUGCCCCUACUGCUACUGCUUCAUUCUCCAGAGCAGUGACGCCAAUGCCUGGGAUUUCACCUGCUGCAAGCUUCCCUCCUCCACCUGUUCCCCAUCCUCCUCAUCCUGCUGCUAGUGCUGCUGGUGCUGCUAGUUCAGCAUUCUCCUCCAGGGCAGUCACGCCGAUGCCUGGUGUCCAUCACUCCUCCCCAUAUCCACCUGCUGCUGCUGCUGCGCCUCCUCGUGUUCUAGCUUCUGCCGCGCUCUCCCGGACAGUGACGCCCAUGCCAGGUGUUCGUGCUGCAGCUACUCCCAUGCCCGGCGUUCGCGCCACAGCAACGCCCAUGCCUGGCGUGCACGACAUGCCUGAUGUGCGUGCCACAGCUACACCCAUGCCCGGUGUGCGCGCCACAGCGACACCCAUGCCCGGCAUGGCUGGGGAGAGCAGCAGGCAGCAGCAGCAGCAGCAGCACGGGAGAGCUGCUGUCAGCAGGGGCCACUCGCGGGGAGCGACUGAGGGGGCUGCGUUUUACACCCCCGUUGAAGGGGCAACUGCGUUUUACGGCCCGCCAACUGAGCAUGCGGCCUUCUUCGCCCCCCCUACUGACGGGGCUGCGUUUUACGCCCAAGCUGUGGGGCGCUCCCAGUCCCACAGGCACGCUGCAAGCCCCUCCCACUCGUAUUACAGGCAGGCUGUAAGUCACGGUCGCAGCCAGAGCCACGGCCCUAGGGGGUGGGCUGUCACUGACCCUCACGUUGCUGCUGCUGAUCAAGCAGGGACGGAGAGCGGUUUGGAGGUGUGGCGUGCGGUCAUGCAAGGGUAUGGGGAAGGGGGUGUGGGAGGAGCAGAGGUGGGGUAUGGGGAGCAGGGUGCGGGGACAGGGAUGGGGUAUGCGGAAGGGGGUGUGGGCGCAGUGGCGAUGGGGUAUGGGGAGCAGGGUGCGGGGACAGGGAUGGGGUAUGGGGAGGGGGGUGGGGGAGCAGUGGGAAUGGGGUAUGGGGAGGGGGAUAAUGUGGGGGAAGCAGGGAUUGAGUAUGCGCUGGGAGGCAGUGAACAAUCAGGAGCAGGGAUAGCCUGUGGGCCGUGGCAGGAAGGGGGAGAGGGGGUUGUGGGGGGGAGUCAGAGGCUGGUGGUGGCGAGUGGGAGUGAGAGGGACGGCGAUAGGAGCAGUGUGGGGGACAGGAGCAGUGUGGGGGAUGGGAGCAGUGUGAGUGUGGGGGAUAGCCUGGUGUCGCUUCUGAGAAUUCUGAAAAACGAGGGGGAGGGCGAUGGGAGCAGUGUGGCGGAUAGUCUAGCAAGCAGCAUGGAUGGUGGUGGUGGUGGUGGUGGUGGUGGUGGUGGUGGGGGCAUGCCGGGCAUGGCUGAUGGGAGGUCUGGUGAGUUGGGAGAUCUGAUGGACGCUCUAGAUGGGGAGCUGUCACCGUUCUGGACCGCUCAUAACAGUGUGGGGAGCUUGGGGAGUGUUGGGGUAGGGAGGACUGGCAGCAUUGGAAGCGUUGGGCUGGCCAGGACUGGGAGCUUUGGGAGUGUUGGGAGCGCAGGGAGGAUGUUGAGGGGGAGUGUGGGGAGUUUUAGGUCGGUGAGGGAGGAGCGGGAGGCAGGAAGGGGAGGAGAGGAGGGUGAGGAGGAGAGGGAAGCGAGGAUGGAUGUGUGGAGAGAGGUGAUGGGGAAUUACUGGGAGUUGAGAGGGGCGGGCGCGUUCGGGUAUAGACAUGCCGACAGACAUGCAGAGAGACGUGAGGAUAAACAUGAGGACAGGGAUGAGGGGAUAGAUGAGGAGGGCAUGCGUGUGAACGGCAAGGUGGAUACGUGUAAGGGGGAAGAUGGUCGGGUGGGUGGUGCAUCACAAGACUCAGUGAUGCUAUUGUAUGAUGGUUUGGGUGAGAGUGUGAGUGGCAAGGUUGGGGAAGCGGAGGAUGAGGAAGAGGAGGAGGAGGGUGGUUUGGGGGUUGAGGGUAGGGAGGACGGGCAUGAGGAGGAGGAGGAGGAGGAGGAUGAGGAGGAGGAUGGGAGGGUGGUUGUGGUGUUCAAAACGGCAACCAGAGCUGCUGAGAUCCACGUGGAGGAGAGGGAUAGGGGCAGUGCGGAUCUUUCUGCUGGUGUGGCAAGCGAUGCUGAUGUGGCGAGUGAUUUGAGUGAGCACGUGCUGUACAAUGCUGAAGAUGAUGUGGCAGGUGCUGGUAUUGUGACACGUGGGAUUAGCACACAGGAGGAAAGUGGAGAGUGGGAGGAGUCAAGAGAUUUGGAGCAGGAGAGGGAGACAGUGGGGGGAGUGGAGGAUGAGGGGGAGAGGGCGGUGAGUGGAAAGGCAAUAGCAGAAUUUGAAAGUAUUGGUGGUGAGGAUGAUGGUGCAGCAUCUGAUGUCUUAUCUGAUGGGGUACACGAUAGUGAGGAGAAUGAUGAUUUGGGGGACAUGCAUGGUAGUAGUGUGCAUGAGGAUCAAGAGACGGAGGAGGAAGGGGUAGAAGAAGAGGAGGAGGAGGAGGAGGAGGAAGAGGAGGAGGAUGAGAGGGUGGUUGUGGUGUUUAAGACAGCAACCAAGGGGAAAGCGGAUGAAGAGGAAGAGGAGAUGGUGGGAGAGUCUACGACUGAGCAUGGGUCACUGACUGAGAACCCUCUUGAUACGGAUACCGAGGAUGUUGAUAAUGAGUAUGAGGAAAACGAGAGGGUGGUUGUGGUGUUUAACCGGCCAAGGACUGGCGAGAAGAGGGAGGAGGGGGAUGGAGGAGGGGAGGAGGAUGAGGGGGAGGAUGAAGAUGAUAUGUUGUUAGGUAGUGUGGUUGGGGAUGCGAUUCAGACAGGAAGUCAAAUGGCCAGCCAGACAGGCAGCUAUGUGGGCGAGGAGGAGGGUUGGGAGGCCGGAGAAGAGGAAGAGGAAAUUGCUGGUCGUAGUGAGGAGGGGAGUUUGGAGGAUGGGGAGAGGGUGGUUGUUGUGUUCAAGAAGGCGACACAUGCUGAGAAGGACGAGGAAGAGGAGGAGGAGGUAGAGGUGGAGGAGAUAGAGAAGGAGGUGGAGGAGGAGGACGAAGCAGAGCACGAGAUUGCUGGUAUUAGCGAAGAUGGGAGUUUGGAGGAUGGGGAGAGGGUGGUAGUAGUGUUUAAGAAGGCGACACAUGCUGUGGAGGAGGAGGAGGAUGGAACAGAGGAGGAAGAGGUGGAGGAGGAGGAAGUAGAGGAGGAGGUUGCUGGGAGUGAGAGGAGGGUUAGGAGGGGGAGUGUGAGUAGGGAUGGCAGCAAGCGGUCGGGGAGGAGCAGUGUGAGUGAGCAAGAAGGUGACCAUCUGGUUGAGAGAGAGGUAGAGACAGCAAGUGUUGGCGGGAGUGAGAAAGCGAGUGAGGAAGGGAGUGAGGGUGAGAGAGGGAGCUUGAGCAAGAGUGAUAGUGGCAGUUGGAGUGAGAAGAGGAGCAAGCACAGUGCCACCGGCACUGCUACCGAAAGUGCUACAAGCAGUGUUACUGGCAGUGUCAAAAGCAGCGCUGCUGACAGUGCUGCAGGUGGUAGGAGUCAGAGUGGGAUCGAACGAGCGAGCGAGCAAGCCAACAGCAUGAGGAGCAGCUCUGAUAGCAGUGGCGUGAGAGAGAGGAGUGGCAGUGAGCGUGAGAGAGUGGUGGAGACUUUGAGUGAGCAUGAGAGUGUGCAUGAGAGUGUGGGGAGGAGUGUGAGUGAUAAUGAGAGUGAGCAUGUUAGUGAUCGUGAGAGUGAAAUGCGUAGUAAGAGCGAGAGUGAUGGGGAAAGUGUGACCCUUAGUGAAAACGAGGGGAGUGGAAAAGAUAGUGUGAGUGGAAGUCACAGCGAAGGCAGUAGUGCGAAGGAUGACACUGAGAGUGUAGCGAGUGAGGGUGUGAGUGAGGCAGCGAGUGAGGGAGUGAGUGAGGGGAUGAGUGAGGGAGGGAGUGAGAGUCCCAGAAGCAGCAGAAGCCAUAGCAAAUACAGCAGCACGAGUUCCAAACAUAGCAGUGCAGUGAGUGACUCGCUCAGUGGAGCGAGUGGGGAUAAUUCAGCCGCUGUGGGCAGAGUUGGUAGCACAACAGGCAGUUUGAGUGGCAGCGAGAGCAAGCACAGCAGGGGCAGUAGUGUAAGCAGGGGGAGCAGUGUAAGCAAGGGGAGCAGUGUCAGCAAGAAAAGCAAGGGGAAGAGCAGGGAGAGCAGUGUUAGCAAGGAAAGCAGGAGGAGCAGUGUCAGCAGCCCUAGGUCGGAUGGGGACAGCUAUGACGGUGGUUCGGGGAGUGGUGCGAGUGAUAGGGAGGAAGAGAGGAUGAGUGGGGAAAUGGAGGAGAGUGGGGUAGUGGAGGAGAGUUGGGUAGUGGAGGAGAGUGGAGUAGUGGAGAGUGGGGUAAUGGAGAGUGGAGUAGUGGAAAGUGGUGCAAUGGAGAGCUGGAGUGGUGUGGAGGGGUUAAGUGACGUGGAGCAAGGGAGCGAGGACCAAGAGGCUCAAGAAAACGGGAGUGAGGAGCGAGGGAUGGAAGGGCAGGAGAGUGAGAAACGAGAGGCUGGAGAGCAGGAGCGUGAGGAAGAUGGUGUGGAUGUGUGGAGCAGUGAGAGUGACGCAUGGCCUGAGGCAGAGGGAGAGGCAGAGGCAGAGGAGAAGGAAGAAGAAGGAAUAGCACCAGCACCCGAGACCGUGAGUGGCGAUGGUGCAAGGAGUGUUGUGGAGAGUGAUGGGGAGGAGGAUGGGACAAGCUGGGUUACCAGCAUCGUAUCCCCUCUGCAGCAGGUGACGAUGGCCUCUGAACACGUGGCGGAUCCUGAUUGGUCGGAGGAGCUGGCAGAGGAGCAGCAGGUGGUGCAGGUGCGGGAAGAAGAGGGUCAGGUGGAUGAUCAGGUGAAUGCUCAGGUAGUUGAGCAAACAGGUGAGCAGCAGCAGCAACAGGAUGAAGGGAAGGUAGCAGCAGCAGCAGCAGCAGCAGCAGGCAGAGCGAUGGCUGCGAAUGUGGCGGGGGUGGGCAAUGAUGGGAUGGGUACUUCAGCAGCAGGCGACGAUGGGGCAAUGAGGCAGAUUGGCGAGGAUGCGUAUGUUUAUGACAUGGGUGAUGGCGUGGGAGCAUGUGAGGAGCUGGAUUGGAGCAGAGAUGUGGGUGAUGGGGGGGUGGGAGUACAGGGGUGGUCAAGUGAGUGGACUAGGGAGAGUGAGGUGUGGGAUGUGGGUGGAACGAGGGAUGGGGGCGAGGUGCUGGGGGCGAGUGGUGUGAGAGCAGGCGGUCCUUUUGCCAGUGUUGCUGCCAGUGUUGCUGUCAAGUUGGACGGGCGGAGUGAGGAGGGGAGAGAGGAGAUAAGGGAGGAGAAAGAGGUGAUGGUGGAGGAGAGAGAGGAGAUAGUGGAUGAGAGGGAGGAGAUAGUGGAUGAGAGAGAGGAGAGAGGGGGCGAGAGAGAGGGGAGCAAAGAGAGAGAGGAGGAGAAGGGGCUGAGAGAGGAGAGAGAAGACGAGGAAGAAAAGGGAGCAAAGGACAAGGAGGAGGAGGAUGUGGAGAGGGAGGCGGAGGUAGAGAGGGAGGAGGAGGAGGUUGAGAGCGAGGAGGUAGAGAGGGAGGACGAGGAGGUGGAGAGAGAGGAGGAGGAGGUUGAGAGCGAGGAGGAGGACGUGGUGGAGCAAGAGAGAGAUGAGGAGAGGGAGGAGGAGGAGGAGGUAGAGAGCGAGGAGGAGGAGGAGGAAGGGGGAGAGGGAGAGGAGGAGGGGGAGGACGAGUGGAGUGACAUGAGCGAGGAGGAGUGGAGCAGCAUGGAGCUAGCAGCCACCCAGUCCCCCUUCCCCGCCGCCUCCCCUCUCCCCUCUGCCAGCCCCUAUGCCGCUCUCUCUCCGUUGCCCUCCGCCACUCCAACGAGUGCAGGCGUAGGUGUGCCUCUGGAUAGUGCAGCUGUCAGUCUAGCACUGCAGCAACAGCAGGAGAUGCAGCAGCAGCAGCAGGAGCAGGAGGGGCGGGAGGCGCAGGAGAAGCAAGGAGAGGAGGAGAUGAAAGGGGGACAGGAGGGGCAGGAUGCGGAGAAAAGAUCUGAGGUGGAUUCCGGGGAGGAAGAGACGGAGGGGCAGGAGGUUGAGGAGAACGUAAGGGAUGAGGGGCGUGAGGGGCUUGAAGGGAAGGGAGAGCGUGAAGGGUUUCAACGGCCGCACAGCCCAUUCUCGUUUGCCUCUGGCAGCGAGUCUUUGGCACUGCCGCUCGCCAGCCCUGCUGCGCUGCCUCACGAUCGAACCACUGGAGGCGUUGGGUCAUGGGCAGAAGAGGAAGAGGUUCCGAGGUACCAGAAGAGCCCCCUCAUUCUCGGAGGCUCUUUUGGUACCUCUCCCGCUUCUCAACACACUCCUGCUCUCACCGCUUCUCAACACACUCCUGCUCUCACCGCUUCUCAACACACUCCUGCUCUCACCGCUUCUCAACACACUCCUGCUCUCACCGCUUCUCAACACACUCCUGCUCUCACCGCUUCUCAACACACUCCUGCUCUCACCGCUUCUCAACACACUCCUGCUCUCACCGCUUCUCAACACACUCCUGCUCUCACCGCUUCUCAACACACUCCUGCUCUCACCGCUUCUCAACACACUCCUGCUCUCACCGCUUCUCAACACACUCCUGCUCUCACCGCUUCUGCUGCUGUGCCACACUCCGUUGCUGCUGCUGCCAUCCCUGCUGACGUGGCACGUGCUGGGCCGGAGGCUGCAAGUCCAUCUGAGAGGCCGGUUUUGGAGUUACGGUCGGUUCCCGCUAGCAGCUCACCUGACAGGGCACCUGACACAGCACCUGAUAGAGCACCCAAUUCGGCACCUGCUGCGGCACCUGUUGCGGCACCUGCUGCGGCACCUGAUAUGGCACCUGACAUGGCACCUGAUACAGCACCUGAUUUGGCAUCUGUUACAGCACCUGACACAGCAGCUGAUGUGGAACCUGAUGUUGCACCUGAUGCAGCACCUGAUGUGGAACCUGAUAUGGUACCUGGGAAAAGCCCUGCCUCUGUUGAGGUGCUUCCUUCAGGUGCUGUCUCUGUCGUGUUGCCGUCAGGUGCUGUUUCCGUUGUGCUACCUUCAGGUGCCGUGCCAGCCCUGAUUCGCCUGAGACUGCGGGAGAGAAGAAUGGAUCAAAGUGAGUGGCAAGAUUUGAGGGGGAUAGAGAUGGAGGAGGGGAGAGAUGGAAGCGGGAGGAGUGAGAGUGAUGGGGAGAGGAGCGAUGGGAAGGAAGGAAAAGAGAGUGAGGGAGAGAGUGAGAAAUGGGAGGAGUCAGAAGAGUGGAGUGAUGCAGGUGAUGCGGUAAACAGCGAUGCUGGCGAUGCGGUAACCAGUGAAGCUGGUGAUGUGGUAACCAGUGAAGCUGGUGAUGUGGUAACCAGUGAAGCUGGUGAUGUGGUAAUCAGUGAUGCUGGUGAUGCGGUAUCCAGUAAUGCUGGCGAUGUGGUAACCAGCGAUGCUGUGGAUGUGGUAACCAGUGAAGCUGGUGAUGUGGUAACCAGUGACGCUGGUGAUGUGGUAACCAGUGAAGCUGGUGAUGUGGUAAUCAGUGAUGCUGGUGAUGCGGUAUCCAGUAAUGCUGGCGAUGUGGUAACCAGCGAUGCUGGUGAUGUGGUAACCAGUGAUGCUGGUGAUGUGGUAACCAGUGAUGCUGGCGAUGUGGUAACCAGUGAUGCUGGUGAUGUGGUAACCAGUGAUGCUGGCGAUGUGGUAACCAGUGAUGCUGGUGAUGUGGUAACCAGUGAUGCUGGCGAUGUGGUAACCAGUGAUGCUGGUGAUGUGGUAACCAGUGAUGCUGGCGAUGUGGUAACCAGUGAUGCUGGUGAUGUGGUAACCAGUGAUGCUGGUGAUGUGGUAACCAGUGAUGCUGGCGAUGCAAGAGCAGAAGAAGUGGAAUCGAUGGCCCUUGGCGAUUCAGGUGGCCGAACUCAAGAGCAAGGCACGGUAGCAGAGGAAGAGGAUGCAAUGGCCUUGGAAAAUGCAGACGGCAGAAUGCAAGAGCAAGGCUCGGUAGCAAGUGCAAUCAAUGCAGAGGAAAUGGAAUCAAUGGAGCCUCCGGUAACGCUCAUGGCCCAGAGGACGUUGCCUGCAGUCUCUACUCCGGCUGUGGGAGGAGUGGUGGUAGCACAGGCUGAUGAGCUGGCGACAGUCGCUGUACUGGCUGUGGCAGGCGUGUCAGAAGCACAGGCGAGGUUUGAGUCGAAUCAAGUGUUGGCUGUGGGAGGUGUGGUGGUAGCAGCACAGGCGGAUGGGCUGGUGGCAGGAAGUGACUGGGAGAGCGAGGAGUGGAGUGAUGUGGGGUCCGGUGUGGGUGAGUGGGAGGAGGAUGAUGUGGGGUCUGGAGGUGUAGAGGGAGAGAGUGAGGGAGGGAGUGAGGGGGUUGGCGAGGUGGAUGGAGAGAGUGAGGGUAAGGUGGAGGACAGAGAGAAUCGGGAGGGUGAAGGUAGUGAGGGAGAGGAGAUUGGGACGGUGGGGGAGGAGGUUGGAAUGGGGAGAGAGGAGGACGAAGAUGGAAAGAAUGAGGAGGCUGGAAGAGUGGGGGAGGAGGAGGGAGAGGAUAAGGAGAGAGAGGGAAAAGAGGGUCUGCAAGGAAGCAGCACAGCAGCAGCAGGAAACAUGGAAGGGGAGGUGAAUCUGCCAGUUGGUGAGAGUGAGGAGCAUGUGGGCAGGGAAGAGGGGCAGGAGGAGGAGAAAGAGGAGCAGGAGGAGAAGAAAGAGUGGGGGGAGAGGGAGGAGGAGAAGGAGGAGGAGAAGGAGGAGAGGGAGGACGAGUGGGAGGAGAGGGAGGCGGAGGUGAGAUCGGAGGAGGAGAGGGAAGAGGAUGGGGAGAGGGAGCAGCAGGGACGUGAGGAAGUGGAGAAUUUGCACAGAGAGGAACUGACCGAGGGUGUAGCUGAAGGAGGGAGGGUGGAGGAGGAAGAGGACAGGAUGGGAGUGGUGGUUAAAGAAAAGGAGGGAGUGGUGGAGGGAGAAAAGGAGGGAGUGGUGGUUAAAGAAAAGGAGGGAGUGGUGGAGGGAGAAAAGGAGGGAGUGGUGGUUAAAGAAAAGGAGGGAGUGGUGGAGGGAGAAAAGGAGGGAGUGGUGGAGGGAGAAAAGGAGGGAGUGGUGGUUAAAGAAAAGGAGGGAGUGGUGGUUAAAGAAAAGGAGGGAGUGGUGGUUGGAGAAAAGGAGGGAGUGGUGGUUAAAGAAAAGGAGGGAGUGGUGGAGGGAGAAAAGGAGGGAGUGGUGGUUAAAGAAAAGGAGGGAGUGGUGGAGGGAGAAAAGGAGGGAGUGGUGGAGGGAGAAAAGGAGGGAGUGGUGGAGGGAGAAAAGGAGGGAGUGGUGGUUAAAGAAAAGGAGGGAGUGGUGGUUAAAGAAAAGGAGGGAGUGGUGGAGGGAGAAAAGGAGGGAGUGGUGGUUAAAGAAAAGGAGGGAGUGGUGGAGGGCGAGACCAGAGAUGCACAUGCAGAAGGGAGUGAAGUGGACGAUGGGAGUGAGAGUGGGAGUGAAAGCAUGAGUGAUAGGGAGAGUGGUAGCAUGAGUGAGAGAGAGAGUGAAAGUGAAGGUGAGAAGGAGAGUAAGAACAUGAGUGAGAGGGAGAGUGAAAGUGAAGGUGAGAGGGGGAGUAAGAGCAUGAGUGAGAGGGAGAGUGAAGGUGAAAGGGACAGUGAGAGUGAUAGUAUGAGUGAGAGUGGAAGUGAGAGGGGGACUGAGAGUGAGAGUGCAAGUGAGAAGGGGCUGAGAGUGAGAGUGAAAGUGAGAAAGGGUCUGAGAGUGAGAGUGCAAGUGAGAGGGGGGCUGAGAGUGAGAGUGAAAGUGAGAAGGGGUCUGAGAUUGAGAGUGCAAGUGGGUUGGGGGCUGAGAGUGAGAAAGGGGCUGAGAGUGAGAAAGGGGCCUGAGAGUGAGAAAGGGGCUGAGAGUGAGAAUGAAAGUGGUAAGGGGUCUGAGAGUGAGAGUGCGAGUGAAAGGGGGCUGACAGCGAGAGUGAAAGUGAGAAAAGUUCUGAGAGUGAGAAUAAGAGUCCAAGGAGGGCUGAGCUCAGCCGUCCCGUCUGUCUCAGCUUCAGCCGUCCCCUCUGCCCCUAGUGCUUCCACUGCCCCUAGCGUUUCCUCUAGUGACUUCCUCAACCGCUUCCAGCAGCAGCAGCCGGAGGAGCAGCAACAGCAGCAGGCCUCUGAGGCUCCCCUCACACCUCCACAGCAGCAACAGCAGGCAUCUUUGAAUUCCGCUGCAGUUGUGGACUCUUCUGCUGACGUGGCGCAGGCUGCUGAUGUGGCGCAAGUUGCUGAUGUGGUGCAACCUGUGGACAUGAAGCACGCAGCUGAGGUCAAAGCAGGUGACAAGUCAGAAUUACCUGCUGGUGGUGAUGAUGCGAUUGCUGAUAAGGAACAGUCUGCACAUGUGGUAUCAGCUGCUGACGUGGCACCCCCUGCUGAUGUGGACGUGGAGGGCGAUUCCAGACCAUCUUCUCCAGAGGGGUCAGCCACCAGCAUCAAAGAUGCUGCUGAUGUGGCAGCUGAGGUGGAUGCUGAUGUGGCAGCUGAGGUGGCUCUGGAUGCAGCUGGAGGUGCUAGUUUGCUGCUGGCAAGUGAGUUGGUUGCACCUGUGCUGCAGACGAGAGGAGAGGCCGAGGAGGUGGAAGCAGAACAGGAGAAAGCAGAUGUAUUUUCGGGACCAGAUUCUGAACCUGACUCUGAUUCUGACGUGGCUGCUGAUGUGUCUGUUGACAUGGCUGCUGAUGUGUCUGUUGACAUGGCUGCUGAUGUGCCUGUUGACAUGGCUGCUGAUGUGUCUGUUGACAUGGCUGCUGAUGUGUCUGUUGACAUGGCUGCUGUGUCUGUUGACAUGGUGCUGAUGUGCUGUGGCGUGGCGGCUGAUGUGGCUGCUGACAUGGCUCUGCGAGUGCCUGGAGGUGAAACUGCAGUGGUGCCAUCUCCAUCACGAUCAGACUCCGAGUCUGACUCUUCUUUCGGAACUGAUGUGGCUGCUGACGUGGCCGCUGAUGUGGCUGCUGACGUGUCGUCUGAUGUGGCACCGUGUGCGGCUGGAGGUGAGACUGCAGCACUGCCAUCCCCAUCAGGACCAGACUCUGAGGUUGACUCUGCACCAGAAGCUGAUGUGGCUGCUGACGUGGCUCUGCAUGCGUCUGACUGUGAAGCUUCAGCUCUGCCAUCGCCACCAGGAUCAAACUCUGACGUUGACUCUGCACCGGAACAAGAGAGGGUGGAGGAAGAGACAAGGAGUGAGGAUGCUGAGAGGGAGGAGGAAGAGACAAGGAGUGUGGAGGCUGAGAGGGAGGAAGAAGAGACAAGGAGUGUGGAAGCAGAGUGGGAGGAGGAAGAGACAAGGAGUGUGAGGAAGCAGAGAGGGAGGAGGAAGAGACAAGGAGGAGCUGUUGGGGGCGGAGGAGGGAGAGGAGAGGAGAGUGAGGAGGGUAAGGAGAGUGAAGAAGCUGGGGAGAGUGAGGAGAGUGAGGAAGCUAAAGAGGUGAAGGAGGCUAAGGAGGAGCAUGAGGAGGCCGAGUCACAUUCUGAUGAUGCUGAGUCACGCUCUUAUGAUGCUGAGUCACAUUCGGAUGCUGAGUCACGCUCUGAUGCUGAGCUCACGUUCUGA